AUGAAACUUGAAAGACUGAGCAACUGUCCUAAAGAUUCGCAGCUUUCUGCUGCCGGGUAUCCUGCACUGAAUGUAGGCUAUGCCCUUCAGAAGACCUUCGAAGGUCACUCCGGAAGGUCGCCUCGGUUGACGUCCUUGUGGUCGAUUGUUAUUCUACAUCUUUUGGAGAUUACUCAUGGGUUGGAUGAAACAAUGGCAACAUCUGAGGUCACGAGUCCUACAGACAUUCAAGAUUUAAAGGAUGAAAGUCUAAAAGCUACUGUGGCUUUAGACAAACUUAUUAUGGGAGUAACUCCGAAGUCUGCGGUCCCAGUGUCUGCUAGUGAUGAUCAUGACCCUUCAACAACUUACGUAACAAUACAUCUUCCUGAUGGAACACAGGGAUCAACUUUGAGUCAGCAAAAGCUGCAAGAACUUAUUAUGCACUUAUCUCAGUCUGGCCAGAUCCAGCUAAGGGAAGACAGCAAAAUAGUUAUUGACCUUAAAUUCACCGGUAAAUCAGGCAGCCAAACAGUUCAACCAAAACUGGAAAAUCCUUCGUUGCAACAGUCUUCCGUAUCCAGUUGUACUGCGUCACAAAUACAAACCAUAGCCGCAAGCAACCCUCAUCGUGUGUUACAUGUGGGUAGCCCGAGUUUGGAUGGAGUUCAGAUGGUGCGCACUAUACCAUCUUUUGUUGGUUCUAAUACUCAGAUAAUUUCAUUUCCAACAGUUGCAACAAACCAGUCUGUUGCAAUUCAAUCCACCAAUCCUAGACAGCAAAUUCAGCAGCAACCUACAUACAUUUUAGUUCCAGCAGCUCAACUAGCAAGUGGUGGAGAAAACCAAGUAUAUGCAAGUACACCCAUACGUGCUGGAUCAUCAGGGCCUACAAUACUUCGUACUUCUGGAUUAUCUAUUAACCCUAAUUCUGCAGUAAAUACAAAUACUGUUAAUUUAGGUUCAUCAGAUCGAAGCAUUAUUCUACUUCAGCAACCAGUUGCUGGGACUAGUAUUCAUGUUGGCUCUACAAAUACAAUUGUUUCUGGUUCCGGUGGUGGGAGUGGAACUACCCUAGUUCCUUUAAGACAAUUAAAUGUUUCUGGAGGUGGAAAUAGUUUAGUAUCGAGUGGUACAACUUUGGUCAGUACAGGUUCAAAUCGUUUAAUUGGUUCCAAUGUUGGUGUUGAAUUAUUCUCAAAUACUAACUCUGUUGGAUCACGAGUAUCUCAAGGUCAAACUAGUUCAUCAGUUGGCAUAGUAGCGAUAUCAGCGAGUGCAGGUGUGUCCGGUUCUUCAUCCUCAGGAACUGCUCAGCGUGAAUCAACUUGGCAACAAUACGUUAAACAGUUUACUAAAUUAGGCCCUUGUCCAGUAUGUGGAGAUAAAAUUUCCGGUUAUCAUUAUGGUAUAUUCUGUUGUGAAUCGUGUAAAGGCUUUUUUAAGCGUACUGUUCAAAAUGCUAAACGAUAUGCUUGUCAUCGUCCUAAUACUUCUUCUCGGUGUGAAAUAAAUGUGGCUUCACGUAAAAAGUGUCCAGCAUGUCGUUUCUUAAAAUGUGUUGACAAAGGAAUGCGUAUUGAAGCUAUUCGUUCAGAUCGUACACGUGGAGGGCGUAGCAUGUAUCCUGGCUCACGUUACUUACGACAGAUUGCUGCACGGGUCAGCGGUGGUCGUUCUAGUACUGGUUUAGGUAUUUCUAAUUCAUCCAUGGAAUUUUCUGCUUCAGAUAUCGAUGGAAAUAUGCUAAGUGGAUUAACAGAUCAAAGUCUAAUGUCAGAUGAUGCAGAUCAACUUUCUUGUUCUGUUGUUGGUUUAGCUGCACAUACACUGGGUCCUGAUGGUUUACCAGCUUCAGAAGAUGCUGGUGGUGGUGUUUAUUUGGAUCCUGGUGUUCUUGGUACACAUGAUAAUGAUGAUGAAGAGAUUGAUUCUGGGAGUUUACGUGUUGAACCAAGCAUUCUAGAAUGUGGAAAUGGGAUUGUUGGUGGUACAAAUAUUUCAGCAGCUGUCGUUUCUCCAUAUAUGGGUAGACAAGUCAUUAUAAGUGGUCUAAAUGAAUCAGUAUCACGUGCUAGGGAACAGCUCCCAAAGAUUAUUCGUGAUAUUCUUCUAGUAGAAGAGACUAUAGAAGGAGAACCAGAAGAUGCAUUAGAAAUUGAUGCAGCAGUUACUUCAGAAACUUCUACACCUGAAGGUAUUUCAGAUGAUGAAGCUGCUGUAUAUCGUGCAUUAUUAAAUUUAGCAGAUCAACGUUUAUAUCGAACUGUUCGUUGGUCUCGUGCCCUUCCAGAUUUUUCAUUACUUGAUACAGAUGACCAAAUACUUUUAAUUCAAAAUUGUUGGGCUGAUUUAUUAUGUCUUGAUUGUUGUUGGCGAUCUUUACCUACUCCUUCAGAAAUUCGCUUGACAUCAAGUAAAUGUAUCAAUCUUGAGGCUGCACGUGAAAUGGGCGCAGAAGAAAUAGUGGAAAGAAUUCUACAGUUAACUCAAUCUCUGACAAGAUUGCAACUAGAUGUUGUAGAGUACGCAUGUCUGAAAGUCAUUGUUCUCAUGCAACCUGAUUUGAGCAAUUUGAAAGCAAGUUCACAGGUACGAUCUUAUCAAGAAUCUGUCCGUCGAUUAUUAAUGGAUUAUGUGACUAAAUCAUCACCUGAUAUUAAUGAUAAAUUCAAUAAAUUGAUUAAUCGUAUUCCUGAACUACGUAAAACAAGUCAAGCUGCUCGUUUAAUGCUUGUCGAUUUAGAUUUAUCCGCUUACCUAUCGACUAACUCUCUUUUAAUGGAGUUGUUACGCAGUGAUAGUCAACGUUAUACACCAAAUCAUGGAAGUAAUAAUUCAGAGGAGUCUACAGCUACAACUGCUUUACAAGGAUCAGCAAAUUCCUCUGCAAAAACAGUUUCAAUCACUUUAGGAUCUGAAUCUGCUGAAGAUCAAGAGGAUGAUACAGUUGUAUUAGUGCAAUCCGAUAGUGUCAAUGAUUUAUUAUCAAUGCCAAAAAGUAGUAAUACUAUGCCAAGUGUAACAGAAAGCAGGCUAAGUGAAACAAUCAACAGAAGUAAUAACUCACACACUAGUUCCCAUGUUAACAUUAUGUCUAAAUAG